ACUGGUAGACUACUACCGUUAUUACUGCAAGAACUUUACUCAUCAAGAGUGAGCGAGUAAAAUUUCUCGCAAGAUCUCGCUGGACCACUCACACCCAGCACACUAUCUUUUUGAACUGCUGCCGUCUGGUCAGCGCUACAGAGCACUGAGCACCAAAACAGGUUUCUUUCCUCAGGCCAUCUACCCCAAGAACAGUUGAACAGUUACGUUUUUUUUUCUAUAUUUGCCUGAUAUAAAGUAAUGAAUUCUGAUUUAUGGGUGCUUUUUUUUUACAAAGCACAUGUUGUUGCUUCACGUUUUUGACACGCAGCCUCUGCAUGCGUGCGCAUGGCGAAAUGAGCGAGGAACGGGAGAAAAGCACCGAAAUGGACGACUUGGUGGCAAAAAGAAGCGCAUCGUCAAUUAUUUGGAAAUAUUUUGGCUACAGAAAGGAUGAUGUUGACCAAAAACAGGUACUUUGUCGGGAGUGCCGUGCAGUAGUUGCCACAACACGCGGAAACACAACUAAUUUGUUUGAUCAUUUAAGUCGGCACCACAGAGCUCUGUAUGACGAGUGCAAAGCCAGAUCUGAUUGCCGUCCAAAGCAAAAAACUAUUUCGGAUGCGUUUGCCAGUGUUACACCAUAUGCGAAGGGUUCCAAGCGGCAUAAAGAGAUCAAGGAUGCAAUAACAUUUCACCUGGCGAAAGACAUGGUACCAAUUAACACGGUGACCAACCCGGGUUUUGCAAACAUGAUCCGGUCACUUGACAAGCGUUAUGUUAUACCAUCACUCACUUAUUUUUUAUCAAGUUGCCAUCCCAGGGCUGUACGACAAAUGCAAGGCACAAGUGGAAACUGAGCUAUCACAAGUGAAAUAUUAUGCAGCAACAACGGACUUGUGAUCCAGCCGAACAACAGAGCCCUACAUAAGUCUGACCAUACACUUUAUUGAUGAGGACUUCCAGCUGAAAAGUCGCUGUUUGCAAAAAGCAUUUUUCCCAGAGGAUCAUACAAGCGAGAACAUCGCAAGGGGGUUGAGAGAAGCAUUGACAGCUUGGGGCCUGGAUGAGAGAUGUCUCGUCUGUAUAACAACAGACAAUGCAGCGAACAUGGUAAAGGCUGCCGUCCUCAACAAGUGGACCAGGUUACAGUGCUUUGGGCACAGGCUGCACCUUGCAAUUGAAAAUGCAGUAAAAAAGGAUGGACGCAUUGACCGUGCUACAGGUAUCUGCAAGAAGCUGGUGGGUCACUUUUCUCACAGUUGGAAGGCCAGAGCUGCUCUUGAAAAAGCCCAGAAGGAGCUAAAUUUACCGGCACAUUCCCUAAUAUCAGAAUGCCAAACAAGAUGGGGUUCCAGGCAGAUGAUGAUCAACAGGAUUUUAGAGCAGCUGAAGGCUUUAACUCAGGUCCUGUCUGAGGACAAGAAGGCAAGGCAUCUGAUUCUAACCUGGCAAGAUAUAGAUGUCCUGGAAUCUGUCAGCAAGACACUGGGCCCACUGCUGGAUUUCACAGAUGCACUCUCUGGAGAAGAUUAUGUUAGUGUCUCCUAUGUGAAGCCAGUUAUUCACCUCUUCAAUAAUUCAAUGCUGCUAAUGCAUGAAGAAGACACAGCACUGACUAAGACCUUGAAGAAGGAGAUGUUGCACUACAUCAAUGAUAAAUAUAAAGAUGAUGCUACUCAGGAGCUGCUAGAUGUGGCUUCUUGUUUGGACCCCCGAUUCAAGAUGGAAUUCAUCAGUGCAGACAACAAGCCCAGAGUGAAGGCCAAAGUUGCAUCAGAGAUGAUGGAAUGCCAGGAGGAGAUGGCAAGCUGCAGCACUGAGGUGGAGCACGAAGUUGCUGAAUCAUCCCAUGCAAAAAAAGCCAAGAAGUCCUUGGGAAGAAGUCCACAGUAAACUGAUUGGAGCUGCAGCAAAGGGUGAUUUCUCUGUGACCCUAAAAGAUGCUGUGGCUUCGAUCCCAGGGGAUUGCACAUACUUGGAAACAAAUGUAUAGGACAAUGCACUCCAAGUUGCUUUGGAUAAAAGCGUCCGCCAAAUGCAUACAUGUAAAUGUAAAUGUAAGUUAAAAAAGAUUAAUGAGAAAAACAUAGCACUAUGGUACAGUAGCACCAAGUCUGUCCUAUGAAUUAGUAUCAACCAUCACCCUAAAAGAAAAGCUAGAGUGUUUUUCACCUAUAAAACAUGAAGAUUUAAUUAAACUUAUUGCAAAAUCUAAACCUACAACAUGCUUAUUAGACCCCAUACCAACUAAAUUAUUGAAAGAGUUACUAUCUGCAGCAAUUAAGCCAAUUUAUAACAUUAUCAACUCGUCAAUUAAUCUAGGCAA